GACAGUUCAUUUGGACGGUGAACGUGGUUCUUUCUGAAGUUCAGUCCAGUCGUUGUCCUCGACAACAUUAAUGUUGUUGUACAGUCCUGAACAGUCCAUCUGACUGUUGUGUCAGUCAGACUGGACGUCUGACCCAAAGUUGAAAGUUGAACCCUCAUUGUUCAUCAAAGCGUCCACAGGACGACUGACAGAUUGUUUCACUGAUCACUGAUUGGCUGGUUUCAUUCCAAGCAUGCGCCCCCUGUCUUCAGUCAGGAUAUAAUUACCAGUCAGAGUGAAGCAGGGCAGUGGCCUGUGAAUGCACCGCCGCUCCAUGUCAUGAUGACAUGCUGCUUCUUUGUCCAUGAUGGGAAAUGUCACUUUGAUCACAAUGUUUUUUCUCUCUGGUUUAGAUGAAAAGAUGAGCCACAGGUUUAUUCUCUUCUCACUCACUCUGCUCUGUUAUUGUUUAAUUUUACUGGUAAAUAUUUCUCUGGUUUUAGUCAUCAUUCUGGACAGAAACCUCCAUGAGCCCAUGUACAUUCUGCUCUGCACAUUCUGCAUCAACGGACUCUAUGGCACCGCAGGUUUCUACCCUAAGUUCCUGUGGGAUCUGCUCUCUCCUCUCCACGUCAUCUCUUACUCCGGCUGCCUGGUCCAGGCCCAGGUCAUGUACUCCUUCGCCUGCGGUGACCUCUCCAUACUGGCGGUGAUGGCGUACGACAGAUAUGUGGCCAUAUGUCGACCGCUGCAGUACCACGCUGUCAUGUCCAAGCAGAGAGUGUUAAAGUUGGCGUUCUUCUCCUGGUUCACGCCUGCCUGUAUUUUAGCCGUUAACAUUUCCCUGACGUCCAGGCUGAGGCUGUGCAGCGCCUUCAUCGCCCGGCUCUUCUGCGCCAACUGGAUCAUCGUGACACUGGCGUGUUGUAUCGGGACACGGGCGGGGUGUCCUGCUGUGACCCUGAUCAACAACAUAGUCGCGUGCAUUACCAUCGUCUUCUACUUUUUCCACGGCGUCUUCAUCGUGUGGACGUACAUGUGUCUGGUCCGCAUGUGUGUGAACUCCGUAGAAAACAGGGCCAAGUUCAUGCAGACGUGCGUGCCACACCUGCUGUCCUUGACCACUUUUCUCCUCACCAUCCUUUUUGACGUCAUGAACAUGCGUUUCUCUUCGGUUGAAUUACCUCCGCACCUCAAAAACCUCCUGUCCGUGGAGUUCCUCGUCAUCCCUCCUCUGAUGAAUCCUCUGAUAUACGGCUUCAAGUUGACCAAGAUUAGAAAAAAGUUUGUAGCUCUAUUGUCGAUUAAAAACACUUAGGUUAUGACUCUGAUCCUGAUCUGUAGUUUUUUUCUUCCAUUAGUACCUGUUACUGAAACACUGGUGAACUGGUGGGUUCUUAAUGCAGAGGUUCUCAACAUAACCGCCCUCGUUUCUUAAUGCUGGGUCUUUGGACAUGUAUUUAUAUAUCUGUAUCUGUAUAUUUUUCAAUCUAGUAAUACUAUAUCUAGUAAUACUGUAUGUAUGGAUAAUGUGUUGUUAUUUAUUUAAGUUACAAAUGCUGUUCAUUGCUGUAACAAAAUAAAAUAAAAAAUUCUGCG